ACGAUGAACGGCAGCAGUCCGAACUAUCCCCUUGCCUCUCUGUAUGUUGGGGACCUGCAUUCAGAUGUUACAGAGGCCAUGCUGUACCAGAAGUUUUCUCCUGCUGGACCAAUCAUGUCAAUCCGUGUGUGUCGGGAUAUUAUUACCCGGAGAUCCUUGGGUUAUGCCUACAUAAACUUCCAGCAACCAGCGGAUGCGGAGUGUGCUCUGGAUACAAUGAACUACGACAUUCUCAAGGGCCGCCCAAUCCGAAUAAUGUGGUCUCAACGCGACCCAGGCCUCAGGAAGUCUGGUGUGGGCAACAUCUUUAUCAAGAACAUGGAUGAUUCUAUUGACAACAAGGCAUUGUAUGAUACUUUCUCAGCCUUCGGCAAUAUUUUGUCCUGCAAGGUUGUCUGUGAUGAGAAAGGCUCAAAAGGCUACGGCUUUGUUCACUUUGACACCCAGGAAGCUGCGAACCGUGCCAUUAAUACCAUGAACGGAAUGCUGCUGAAUGAUAGAAAAGUUUUUGUCGGCCACUUCAAGUCCCGCAAGGACAGAGAGCAGGAGUUUGGCACCAAAGCGGUGAAAUUCACUAAUGUCUAUGUUAAAAACUUUGGUGAAGACUACACUGAUGACAACCUGAAAUUUGUCUUUUCUGAAUUCGGGAGGACUCUUAGUGUGUGUGUGAUGAAGGAUGAGCGAGGUCGUUCGCGUGGAUUCGGAUUUGUAAACUAUGCGAAUCACGAAGAUGCGCAAAAGGCAGUCGAUGAGAUGAAUGGGAAGGAACUCAAUGGGAAGUGCCUUUAUGUCGGACGGGCUCAGAAGCGGCUGGAACGUCAAGGAGAGCUUAAGCGCAAGUUUGACCAGAUCAAACUGGACCGAAUCCAACGUUAUCAGGGUGUUAAUCUGUAUGUGAAGAAUUUAGACGACAGCAUAGAUGAUGAGAAACUCAGGAAGGAGUUUUCACCCUACGGCACUAUAACAAGUGCAAAGGUCAUGACCGACGGCUCGCAAAGCAAAGGAUUUGGCUUCGUCUGCUUUUCUUCACCCGAGGAAGCAACAAAAGCCGUAACUGAGAUGAAUGGAAGAAUCAUUGCCACUAAGCCUCUGUAUGUGGCAUUGGCUCAGCGACGGGAGGAGCGAAAAGCCAUCCUCACCAAUAAGUACAUGCAGCGACUGGCCACCCUGAGGAGCAUGGCCAAUCCAAUCAUUGACUCGUACCAUCAGACCAGUUACUACAUGACUGUGCCGCCGGCUACUACACGUCCCAUGUAUGAGCACAAUACCGUCAGCAACAUGAGAUCAGUGCCUCGCUGGACGGGACAGCCGCCAAGAGCGCAGGGUUCAUACUCAACCCAAUAUGUCAGUGGCUCUACCCCUCGCCGUGCCUCCUCUUCCAUUGCCACUGUGAGACAGGCUUCCACCCAGGCUCCACGGAUUGCCUGUUCCACACAAAAGACAAAUAACAUUGGAACCCAGACUAUGUGUGGGCGGGCCGACCUUUCCGGUGUAUCCAGGAGUAGUCAAUUUAAAUACUCCUCGGCGGUGAGGAACCCUCAGCAGGUCAUUUCUGUGCCCGUAACCAUGAACAGACUGCAGGUUGUUCCUGCCCCCGUGAUGGAGCAGCCCAUGCAUGCACAAAGCACGGAGCCACUCACCACCUCAAUGUUGGCUACUGCUCCACUUGUAGACCAGAAGCAGCUUUUUGGUGAGCGUCUGUAUCCUCUGAUCCAUGCCCUUCAUCCAAAAUUGGCUGGAAAAAUCACUGGAAUGCUUCUUGAGAUUGACAAUUCUGAGCUGCUGCACAUGCUGGAGUCAUCAGAGUCCCUCCACUCCAAGGUGGAUGAAGCAAUUGCUGUCCUUCAAGCCCACCGUGUUAAAGUCGGCUCUCCCAAAAAGUGA